UCCACAGCAACGCGUUGAAGCUUCCUCCAAGAGGAUCAUGGGAAACAAUUCUGGCUACUGAAGGGGAGGGAGUUUCGAAAUAUUUCAUGAUUAGCUACAGAACAACAUAUAAUAGCAUAGCUAUAUUAACAUCCCCGCAACUAAAUGGUGUGGGCGUAACAUUUGAGUACAACCAAUGCAGUUUAAUUGCUCAGUGGGAUCCUGCCAUCUCGAUAAACCCUUCCUGAGGGCAUAAUCAAGAGGAAGAACUGAUGCUGUCUUUUAAACAUGGAGCUAACGUUGGACGUUGUUUUGUCAUCCAGCAUCAAACGGAAGAAACCAUGGCCGCGAUUCUGUUGGCUUGGGAAGGAGAAGGAGUCUGUGUUCCUGUUAGAUGACAAACGGAUCAGUGAGAUCAACAUGGUGUCUGGUCGCACCAAGAAAAGGACUCCUAAACUCCAUCCUUUGCUCAACAGUGUGGUGACAAUGGCUUCAUCCAACAAUGGUAUGUGGCUUUGUGGACUUUUGGUCUCAGGAGAGCUGUUUCUGUGGAACAGGGAUAAAGACUUGUUGAAGACUGCUGCAGCAGUCCCAGAAGUAGUUCAAAUAACUACUGCUGUUCAAGGGAACGCCAGACGACUGUCACUCCAUGUUUCAGGGGAUGGGAUGUGUGUGCUCCUGGUAGCCAUUACAGGACAAGUGUUCCUGUGGGAGUGUAUAGAUGUCAGGGAUUUGACAGGGGUACGAGAUGGCAUAGUCAAGGGACACUGGGCACAUAUACAGCCUGUUGAAGACUCCAUUCUGCCUUCUUCAAAAGACAAAGAAGCAUCCCAUCACACCAUCUUCGCCAAGACAGAGUGUAUGGGUGAUGCCUGCUUAUCAGCCUUUGUUUUCACAUCUGGGAAGAAGUUAAUCAUCACUUGCCUGAAAAUCCAAUGGGAAGAUGGCCAUGUGAAAGUGGGUUCUGUGGGAUACAGCAUACAGUGGGCCACCAAGACAUACCCCAUGUCUCGUCUCAAGCCGCCCUGCCAACCAGUGAAGUCCAGAGGGGCCUUGGUGCCAGCUUUCUCUCCAGAUGGCCGCCUGUUAGCCAUUGUGCUGAACCAGAGACAGCCUAAGGCUUCACAGGUCCUCUUUGUGAGCACACAGAAUUUUGUCUCCAUAUCAAGUGGCCUUGGAGGAUGUGGAAGUAAGAAAAUGGAGAUCCCCUCUAAAUACAUAAGGUCCUACUGGGUGAGCAGUGUGAGCUGGUCACCAGGCGGUCUCUUCCUGGCCUGUGUCCUGAAGAGAGGCUCCCUUCUUAUGUUAGCUCGCCUUGGGGGGCUUCUCACUCUAACAAGCUGCGGUUGCAAUGUGGACUUUGGGCCUGCACACUUCCUACCCCUGCACCCUCUUGUCACUUACCGGGCGCCAAUGUCUGCAGAUAAAGAGGCGGCCUCUUUGUCCAGCUCCAGCUUGUCUGUGCGGGAUGUCCUUAGGCAGCGGUAUUCUGUGACCUGGCAUCCACGGCUGAUGUAUCUCAUUGUGUCUGAUGGCUACAUGGCCACAGUUAUGAGGCUGCUAGAUAGGCCUUCUCCUGCCCUGUUGCUGACAACACUUCUAAAGGACACAAGCAUGGACCUUGAGAAGGCCAGUCGGAUACUGGAUAAAUCACAGAUUCAUGUGAGGGCAUGGUUGGAAUCCCUAUCUUGCCUGAAUCUUGACAGCAGCCUUGUUACAUGUGGGCCCAACACCGCAGACUCUGUCAUUUCAGCAGCCACAGAUGGAUCCACUUUGCCACUUUUCUUGCAGGAUCAGGGGACACUGGGUGGUACCAAGGAGCUUCUUGAAAAAGUACAGACUUUCUUUGAGGAUGACUCUGACGUAGAUGGGCCGCCUGCUGGUUCUCAUGUUGAGGAUGGCGGCCGUCUGGAGUUUGCCACAAUGUUUGACACACUCCACGCCCUGGACACACAGACUGACACUGGACUUACUAGUCCAGGGUAUGAAAAGGACUUUGUUGAAACAGAGAGGAAGACUCCUUUUCUUCAUUGUGAACUUGGAAAAAUCCAGACUAAGCUGUUAACAGCUUGGGCUUUUGGCAUGUCUCUAGGAAAUGCUGUGGAAAACAGAACUCGUCUGCUGAAGCAUACCCUCUACUGUGUGGUGCGAUUUGCUGCUUUACUCCAUUUGAUCCCCCGCUCCGAGGUCCACACAGGGAAAAAGAAUACAUCGGUUUCUACUUGCCUUCUGCAACUUCUCAAAGCCCUUCUGUCUUUUCUUCCCUGGGAUAGCAGUCACUCAGAUGGGUCUUGCUGCCUUGGGCUGGUGGUAGAGCUCAGUAAACGGCUGAUACGUCUCCUGCUGACCCCUCACCCUGAGUCCCACCAGACUGGUCACUGUCAGUUAUCAUCUCGUAGUCUAUCCACAGUCCUGCUUAUCUUGGAGCUGUUCUCUGAUUCUCUUGAUCACACCUACAGCCUGCAUCAAAGAACUGUCUGGUCCUCUGCAGAGAAGGAAUCUCUUUCCCAGCCACAACAGCUCUGGCCUUCCGAUGCACAUUAUGUGCCUCUGUUACAGGAUGAGAAAGAAGAGAAAUCCAGUUUUGUACAUCAGGCACGACCUGUUCCCCAGCGACCAUCCAGCAGAUUGUUGGGAGUGUGGCAGUGGGUCUACAAGGUCACCCAGCAGUAUAUGGAGGAACUGAAAAGCUUUAAAGGCUGUGAUGGCUGGGAGGAGGAACAGCAACAGGUGUCUGUCAUCAUGUCCCAGAUCCAAACAGCUCUGCAGGCUACAGGAGAAAGGCUAGAGGAGGGGCCUGCACUGCUGAGUUACCCAGGUGAAAAUUUUUUUCUGUGUGGCUCAUACCCAAAAAGUGCCGAUACAUGGCGGUCACAAAUUUGUGAGGAGAGUAACAAAAGCUGUGAUCGUAGUGUCUUCAAGGAGACACGGCUUUGUCUGGCCCUCCUAUACAGUCUGUUUUCCCAGUACCGUCUGAGAGAAGCCCAGGAGUUGGGGGACCACAUGGCCCGCCUGAUUCUGCACAGGGCUGGACACCAGGAGGACAACAUGACCUGCAUAACAGAGCCUCUUCCUUGCCCGUGGCUGCCGAUGGACCUUCACAGUGACGUAGCUUGUGCUGUGGUUCAGACCCUGGGGAGAUUCAUGGCCUCUUAUUUCACCAACCAACCCCUCUACAUCCUGCCCCCCCACCAUGUGGCCGUCCUGCCUCCACUACAUCUACCUCAUGCUGCUAGUGUUGGGCGCUUGGUGCCACUGUGCCAGGUGGAGGUGGCUAGAGCAGUGCGACAACAGCAACUGUCAGAAGUAUGGACAGUAGAUUACGCCCAGGACCUGCUUCUGCUAGGGGGUCUGCUUCCUGAGACUGUGUGGUUGGCUUAUCAUCUUGGUGACUGGAAGACAGCGGCCUCUCUGAGCCUGGCCUAUACCAAUUACUGCGCUGACCACUUUGACUUCACUUGGCUCAGGAGGAGAGAGUUCCACCUCCCAACAGCUUUAAAACCAGAAAGCAUUUUUCAGGUUGAGUUGGAGUGUCUUCUUGGCAAUAAGUCUGACUCCCAAGAGCGCAGACAUAACAAUGGUGACAAGAGUUUUACAGACCCUUCAGAAGGAGAAGACUGGGACUUGUUACAGGUUUCUAUACAGGACAUUCUGAAGGCUUCAGUCAUGGCUGGAGUAAAUGUUAUGUCUUCACCCUUGUCUUCCUCGCUGGACACAGCCAAAGACCUGUGUUCUUGCCUGCCUCUGUUGGUGCCCAGUGGACUGUAUCUGCCUUCCCCACCUCUUUAUUGCCCUCAGCCUUCCCCCAACACACAGGACCCAAUAGGGACAAUAGGGCAGUUUGCAGAAGUUGCAUCACGCCACAAAGUGUCUGGAGUUCUCCAAAGGUUACUGUUACUUCUGAGAUCUGCACGUUGUUGCCAUCCUGCUGCCCAGUGGUACAUCAGCCAUCUGCGCCGUGCCAGACACAUACUACACAAGAUCAGGAAGAAGUACUCCUAUCUAUCAGCCGCAGAAGAAGAAAAGACUUUCCCAGAGGGCCUGAUGAAGUUCGUCACCCGUAGUGGAUUCUUCAGACAGGGGCCUAAUAAAGAUGGUCACCUGGACCCUGACACCAUUCAAACUAUUAUCUGUUUCAGGGAGCUGUGUGGUUUGUGCUGGAUGCUUCAUGUUAGGGACCAGCUCUCCAUUUCCUGCAGGAAGUAUCAGGCUGCCAGACAGCAUUGUAGAGAUAAAGAGAUCCCUGUUGGUUCAGAAGUGAGAUCUACCUGUGUUGAUGCUCUCUGCUGGGCCUGUCGGUUCUUGCCUUUCUCUUGUUUCCUUAAUGCGGAGGAGAUCCUCCAGGACAUACUGCUCAGCCUUGUGUCUGAACUUCCUCCUCUCUCUCUGGUGGCAGACACGCUGGUACGAGCCUUCCCAGAGGAGGAAGAGUCUGUCAGAGUCCCUCUGAGAGAGAAGUACAACUCACUGCUGCAGAGACUGAGGCAAUGCAGUGUCCUUGAGGGGGAAAAACAGGAGAUCAACGAGUUGAUGAUGAUUGUGAUUCAAGACAAAUUCAGACAGAGGAGAAAACAUCUUGGGCGUUUGACGAGGCACCUGGCCCCCCCUGAGCUCCAUCUGUGGGAGAAAAAGGAGGAAGAGGAGGACAGGGGAAGCAAACAUGGGAUGGCCGUGUUACGGCAACUCUCACUGGGCACAAGUUUGAGCACCAGCACCUUAACUGACUGUGGCUUCCCCCCAGUUUACAGUGAUGGAGACACAGUGGAUAAUACAUCUGAAGAUAUCCCUCCUGAAAUGCAUAGCAGGGCAACAACAAGGGGCAAAAAAGCAAAAAAGGUAAGAGGCAGAGAACAUGCAAAGAAGAUGGCUACUAAGAUUGAAAGCGUCAUUCAGGAGCAGAGUCAGCCAGGGAAUGCCAAGGAGAAUGAGCAGCCCUCCCUUCCAGUUGUUGGCACCUGGGAGUUUGAGCUUGAAGAUGAUGAGUAUCUAAAUUUCCUGGAGCUCUUCCUCAGCUACGUGUUAGAGAAGGAUAGUGCUGAUGGAAGGGACUCAGACAAUGAACUACCUUUGUUGAAGUGCUUCUCCUCCCAGCUGCGGGAGAGAGAGUUGCAUUCUCUCACCUUUGAUGUGCUCACAACGGUUCAUCGCCGUCAAAGAGAUGUGCACCAUCCAUCGAGAAAACACUUGGGCCUAGAUCCUCCAGUGUUCAGAGCCGGCUGCUGCUACAAGCCAGUGAAAAAGGAUGCAACACCCGAUCUGCAAACCUCCUCCGUCUGGAGUGAAGCUCCUGUAUCCAGAACUAGCCUUUCUGUCACCUCUCUUCCUGGUCUGAGAACUGGCAGGCCAAAAGGUUUGUUUGGUCUCAGACAGCAGAGGCAUUUAAGGCAAGGAAUGAAGGGAGGGCUCUUUGGUUCUGAAACUAGCCCUAUUCAAAGUGCCUUUCCCACGGGGCAGCCUUCAGAGAGCGUGAUAUUUGGCUCCUCAACUUCUGUGGAGGCAGUGAUUGAACUGCAGCAGGGUUUGGACCCUAAACUAGAGGCUCGGUUUCCAGGGCUGGGCAGGCUGCUGGAGUGGAUGGUACGCUGGGCUGAUAGGAGGUUGCUACUAGGACAUCAUGGCAAAAAGAAGAAAGAGAGGGGAGGAGGGGAUGGAGGAACAGCUGAUGAAGGAGUAGUGAUCCGUGUCAAAGCCUCAGCGCCUGCUGUCCUCACUUCUCUCAGCUUGCUUGAGCACAGGUACACUGCUCUACUUGGGACUGACCGCUACAGUGCCCACAUCCGAGUUCCAGAAACCCAAUGGACUGUAGCCCCUGUGCUGCAACCUGAGGUGGAUAGGAAGCUGGAGAGAGAGAGCAGUGUUGAUACAGGCUACCCGGGAUCAGCAAACACUCCCAUCACUGGUCUUUGUCACAAUCUACAGCAAGGAGAACUGUCAAUUGGUUCUCACACAGAUGAACCAGAAGAACUGACAUUCCACAGGACACCUCUCCCUAAUGACCAGGAUCAACUGACCUUUGAUGCUCAGCAGAGACAAUCCAGCUCACAACAACCAUCUCUCGAUAACUUAGAUGUUACACCUGAAAAAGAAGGCAAAAGCAGUGACAGUGAGGGCAUGGAAGUGUCGUCCUCUGUUUCCAAUAGGACCAUCUCUGGAAGCAUCUGCACGCCUGAAAUGAGUUUAAAGCUUGCAGACCUGGAAUUUUCAGAAAAUGCUGAAGACUUGUCCAGCUCCACCUCUCUCCACAGUCAAGCUAAAAGACUGCAAGACCCCCCACACCCAGAGCCCCAAGCUCUUCCUACUAUCCAUCCUGAGGCAGCGGCCCACGCAGAGCCUUCUGGUUCACCUGGAAUGCUGCUCCCCAACACACCUGUGGAUCCUCCAAGCCUCCAGCCACAAAGCUCCACAGCUGAUGGACCCACUGCAGAUUCCACAGCUCCCCAUCAGCCGCUAUCCAAUCAGGCUCCGCAAAUGCGACAGCGUCUGGGUGAAGACUUAUUCAGAUUGGUUCAGCAUAUCAACUACAUGAGCCUGAUGGAGGUUUUGGGAGCUUCAUUUUCUAACCUGCAACUUGCCCAGCAGAGCUCUUCUUUGGCCCAGUCUAACAUGAACACCUCACACCCUGAUGUGCCAUCAUCUUAUGCUACCAAUUUCAUCCCUCAACCAGAUGCCUCACCUGUGCAAACCACCAUUUCUGUGCCACCUCAGACACAAGCACAUGUGCUAGAUCCAAGAUCCAACAACCCUCAGUUCAGUCAGGCCCCUGUUUGCAUGUUUGCAGACCAGCCUGCCACCCAGAGCUCAGGGAAAACCUCUCCAUCAGGCAGCCAGCAUCCCACCAUCAGGAAUCUACCCUCCAAUGCUAAUGGUGCAGGUGUAAAUUAUCAGGAAAUGCAGCCACUCUCUGUCCAGGCAGUGUCACCAGAAAUCCAGUUUCAGGAGAGCAGGAGGUUAAUCCCACCCUCACAGGGGCUUCUGGCUACUACUGGCACCAGUCAUGCUUUUCACACUGCCCCGGUGUUACUGCCUUCUAAUGACAGCAUACAUAGUGCUCCUGCUCCCCAGGUCUUGGGCUUGAAAUUACUUCAGCUUCACCGUCCUCCAUUAUCCCAGCAGAAUGCCCCACACCAUCCUCAAGGCCCCCAGCUGCUUCACACUGCAACCUCUGCAACUAUAGAAACGCAGCAGCACAAGGUUAAAAACCAUGACCAAUCCACCUCCAUUCCAAAAAGACAACUCAGUUUUAAUCCUCCACAUGAUCCAACUCCCAGGAACUCUCAACACAAGAGUCAGACAUCGGAAAGAUCUAGGGGGCAAGGGUUCUCCCUACUUCCUCCUGCUUUACCACCUCAUACAUCUGCACCAAUGCCGGGCAUUCGUCUACUGCACUUUCAGCCUGUUCCACACAGUAACACCACGUUCCCCAAACUACCCUUACCACCUUCCUCAAUGCCCACUACUAUUAUUGCAGCUCCGUGGGGAGCCGCACCUAUGAUCAAGCUUCUACAUAUAGAAUCUGGACCAAAAAUGAUGGUUCCCGAGGCAGCACCUUCAGCCCAAAUGACCCGUCUCAUGUCCACGGAGGAGUUAACCAGUUCAGUGAUCGGGAGGCAGAUUGCUAAAGAGGCUCGACUGCGAUUGCUCAGAGUAGACCCACCUCCUGAAAGCGCUAGAAGAGCUACCACUUUUGCGAGCUCUAACUCCAGCAAGAGGCAGAAGAGGAGAGAGGAGAACGUGGGGAGGGCAAAAAAAGCAGAGGUCACAUUCAGACCAAAUGAGUCUAUCAUCCCUACACAGGAGCCAACAAAUGAGCCUGUAAAUGAAGAGCCUGCAGCUCCUGAAGAGAUCACCCUUGGACAAGAUGUUACCAAUUUUGCUCAAUUUGGGUCCUUUGACUCUUUGCUGACUGGUCAGAGAUUAUUGGACAGGGCCGUGUCCACUUCAGCUGAGCUCCAUGCCUUUGCUUCCACAUGUAAAAGACCCCCAGAGUGCCAUGAUGCUUUCACCAACACAGACCCUGCUUGUCCUCCCACACUUGUGGAUAAAGCUGUGUCUGCCUCUGUGACUUUGAGUAGCCCUAGAUCACAAAGUUCAGGAAAUCUGCAGUUUUGCGACAAACGCCUUGCUCAAGGAACAGAGGAGACCCCACAGGCGCCAGAGAAGAAUUUGGGUCUGAAUGGCCACCAGUUCAUAAGUGUCUUGGAUCUAGAAGACAAAGACCUGCAUCAGAACUUGCCACCCUGUCUUUCCAUCCGCCCUUCUUCACCUACUUCUGCUCAGCUUCAUGUACUUGCGACUUCUGUUAUUAGGAGUGGUGAUGCUCCAGAUUCACAACCCUUAGUCACAAUUCCAGAGGAUCUCCACUGGAGAUCUCACACAGAUAUCCCUGACGAGUCGCCGUCACUCAGCCACAUUGAGCUCACUAGGGAUCCAGAGAGAAUCACUCCACAAGACGUGGACAGAUAUCCAUCUCACUCUGAAAUCUGUCAAGCCAUAAAGACCCAGAGCAUUGGACCUCACAGUGCCUCAUCCUCCACACCUACUACAGUGUGGUUCUCCUCCCACUUGUCAGAGCUGGAUGCUCAGUUGGCUGCUCUACAGAACAUUGCAGACUAUCUGGAGAUGGACUUUUCCAACUCCAGGAUGCUGGUGAACACUAUUGAAAAGCUCACACCAGUUUUUGCUCCUGAUGUAAAGACUACCACAGCAGUAAAAAAAACUGUCAGACUGACUGUCCCACACCAAGCAUGGCUACCACGACUGGACACUUCAACUGAACAUGCCUUUGAAGAGGAAGAAGAGAAUCAGGAAGAAGAAUGUGCCCUUCAAAAUGACUCCACUUCUUACAGUCACAAUGCUGGUCCUUCCUACCUUCACACCCCUCCAAAAAUAAAAGAUCAGCUGACUGAAGCAUCUGGAAUAUCUCCGGUAUGGGCGGAGGACAAUCUGGGUCAGACUGGGUUAUCCGAUACAGCAGAAAUCUUAGACGAGUUGGUGAGGGAAGGGUAUAUAUCCCUGACUGACCUGGAUCUCUCCAAUUCACAGACUGCACACCUUAGCAGCAGGCUGGAAGAGCAACAAAUUAGCUGGAUGUCACAGAAACGUGUUCUUCCAGAGGAUGAGAGGAGAGAGCUGAGGAUCUGGAUGAGAAGGAAACACAGGGAAAGACUGGCUGUUUAUCAAAAACACAGAGAGAGCCUGAGGGAGAGGGAGCACAAACCUUUUACUACCUCCGGAACAGUGAAAUCUGCAAACAAGAAUCAAGCAGCCAUUUGGAAAACCAGAAAGGAUAAAGAAAAGUUAAUGCUACUGGAGAAAUACAACCAGAGGACCCGGGAAGCCUAUUCUUUGGCCAGUGACUUUCCCACCAGUCCCCCAACACUACGCAAUUCUUCACACACUGAAGGUUCACCAGUGCCCUUAACUACACGACCCAUCUCUGCUCCACCCUCUGGUAGCACUCACAGAAGUCUUAAGUCAGGACACGCUCAACCCCAUCUUCGUCCAUGGACUGCUGGGAUGCAGGGACGGUCUUCAGAGGAUUACUACACGAGACUGGGACUACAUAGACCAGUUACUUCUCUGCCAAGGGACCGUAUGUCUCAGGUGACCAGACGUGGCAUGCUCUCACACACAAAGAGCCACACUAAACUGCACACAGCCAUCCAGAGUGAGGAAGGGCACCUCGGACACCAGAGAAAGACGCGGCCAAACAAAGGUCCUUUAAGAGGGACUGCUGUAGGGAGAGGGAUCCUGAGGGAGCAGACGAGGAUGGAAGAGAGAGAAGAGGUGAACCUUUGGGAGCCCACUUCAAAAUUAAAUAGGCUGCUGGGACCAGAGGAGUCUAACAUAGUUUUGGCUGGAAUGUUGGAUGAGCAGGAUGAUGGUGCCAGAGCUGGUGUGUCAGCAAUGGACUGGCUGGACAACCUUUCUGAGAGCGCCAGCAGCAGCCUCAGCAAAAUAGACUGGGCAGCUAUCGAGAGGAUGGUGGCUGCAGAGGACGCUUGAUUGUUACAAGGAAUGAAAAAACAAUACCACUUUGACACUUAAUAGAUUUGUAUAUUACUGGAAAACACUUUCAAGAUUUUAUGUGCCUAUUGAAUCUACUGUAAUUCAGAAGCAUUUUGAAGUACAGUAGUAUACAUUAUAUUUAGAUAUGUUUAAUAAAUUAGAUAAUGAUCAGCAGUGAUAUUAAAUAUGUCAAGACAGUUUGACAUAUUUUUUAUUGGUAAAGUAGGUCUACAAUCAUUUUCAUAUAUAAUUAGUAGAAUAUUUGUUGCACUGACAUCUGCGGUGUUCUAGGUUUGCACCAUGUAAGUGUAAAGUUUUCUACAUUUAUAAUUUAUUUUUGUAUAGACUUGACUGUUCCAACUAUUACAUAUCUGGAUCAAAGCUUUUAAAAUCA